AGGGCGCCCGGGGUGGUCCUGGGCUGGACGCGGGCUGUUGGGGCUGGGGGCGGGGCCCGGGUCGCUGUGGUGACGGGGAGGUGGGACUUCUCCGCGCUGGGAUUUGUGUGAGACUUGCUCACCCGGCAACAGGGCGCGGAGCCCGGCGACUGCGGCCGCGCGCGCUCCCCGGACGCCCAACGCCAUAGCAGGAUGACUGGAGCUGAAAGGAGUGUACCGUGACUUUGUACCCACAGCUGCCACGGCAGCAUCUCCUGGAGAUGAAGCGGCCCAGGUGAAGCCCAGGCCAGGCCUGAUGGCCAGCUCAGGCACAGAUGCCCACUGGGCUGAGUCAGGCCUGGGCCAGGGGCCACGGCGGCGGCGCUGGGCCUGGGUAGACGAGGAGCAGGAUGCUGAUGAGAAUGAUACCUGGGCAGAAGACAGGCCCCUUCCUGGUGCCUCCAGCCCCGAGCUGCUAGAGGACUUCCGCCUGGCCCAGCAGCGCCUGCAGCCACAGGGCUGGGGCCCAGACCCUCCAGCAGGAGACCAGUCCGAAGAGUCUGUGGAGGAGGAGUUUGAAGCAGAGGAAGAGGAUAGCCCAGAGAGUUCCAGCUUGCCUCUCAACUGGCUGCCACAGAGUCUUUGCCCAGAUGUGACUGAGGUGGAGCCAGAUGAAGCCCUUGGAGUUCCUGAGGUUGAAGAAACUGAAGAGAGCUCUCCACAGUUGGACUGUAAGACCAGCCUCAAUGUGGGAACCAAAGACACCAGUCCUGUGGCCCUGGAGUGGGAUCAUCCCUUGGACAGGCUGGCUUCUGAUAAACAGACUGGUGGAGACAAACUUCAAGAAUGUUCUGAGGUGAACCCAACUGUUGACCUCAGCUCUGCAAGGUCCUGGGGUAGUGGUACCAUGAGCCUUGACUCUACCUGGGAAGAAGAGAACCAUGGCCCUCAAUCUACUGCCCCAGCAGAAGCUUUAUCACCAAGUCCCAGCCAACAGAUCCUAAACUUGGACAAUAGAACUAGAGGCAACGUUGCUCUGACAACCCCCACAGAAUUCCAGGACUCCUCAACACUUGAAGCCCAGAGCCUCCAGAGCCCUAAAGAUAGAUGGAGGAGAGAAGUCACCAACAGACUUUCUUUCCCUCAGCCCAGGGGCCAAGCCUGGAGGCAGAAUCAGACAUCACCUAAGCUGCUCCCUUCCCGUUUCACUGUCUCCCUCAGCACCCCCAGUCCUUCUCCCAGGCCAGUGCGUAAGGACACACUGCCAGCAAGGGAGGUAACCACUGUGACUGGCCACUCAUCUUCUGAUACUGCCAAGUAUGGCCAGGGACGCUUGAACCACCCACUUCCUGACUUAUCCAAGGUGGGGCCCCGGGUGAGGUUCCCCAAAAAUGAGAGCUACCAUCCCCCCAAAUCCAGGAGCCACAGCAAACUGCCUCAGGACUCUGCCAGGCCACUAAUCUUCAAGUCGCCUGCAGAGAUUGUACGAGAGGUACUACUGAGCAGUGGAGAAGGCUGCCUGGGAAAGGAAAUGCCUUCUACCCACCCCAUAACCAGGGUACCUCAAGAAUUUCAGACACCUGAACAAGCCACCAAAUUGGUCCAUCAGCUCCAGGAGGACUACCACAAACUCCUCACCAAGUACGCUGAAGCCGAGAACACCAUUGACCAGCUGCGCCUCGGGGCCAAGGUGAACCUGUACUCUGACCCGCCCCAAGCCAACCACAGCAUCCACAUGGGCACGAUGCCCCAGGCGACCAAGGUCUUGUCCUUCACCGUUGCACAGCCCCAUUCUGUGCAGAGGUGGCCCAGCUCGGCUGAGGCUCCACAAGUCUCUGAGGCCUCGGGAUGGGCAUCAGUUGAAGGAAACCCAAGGCCCUCCUCAUCCUCCAGUAUGCCAAGCCCAAAGCGGCUCCCAGAGCACGAGAACAUUGCCAGAGGCCAACCCUGGGAGGAGCAGACACAGAUGCUGGCUGCUCGGGCCAGCUGGUUCCUGGCCAAGGUGAAGUCCUUUGCUGACCUCAUGCAGGCAGGACAGCUCAUGCCCCAGGACCAACUCAAGGGCUUCCAGUGGCUAAAGGCUGCCCAUGAGGGCCUGGAAGAGGAGUACCUGAAGGCGUGCAGGGAGCAGCACCUGAACCAGAGGGCAGCUGGCUCCAGUAAGACGUCUGGGAGAUUUGAUCCCAGCAGGGAACUAGAAGCAGAGAUCUUCCAGCUGGGAAUUCGCCUGGAUGAACUGAAGGACCUCAUGGAUCAGAACCAGCAGGUGCCUGAGCAAGCUGGGUCAGACCCGCCUCUGGAUAGCCCCCCAGUCACACCCAGCCCCCACCAGCCUAUACAGCUGGCCGCUCCUUCUGGACAGACCCCUGUGCCAGCUACCCAGAUCCUCGGCCCCAAGCCCGACGCCACUAGCACUGGCCCAUGCCAGCCCCAUGCCCAUCUGGAGUUGAGCACUGCCAGCAGCAAGACAGAGGACAGGCCCCUGGACCUCCCAACGCCGCUCAGGAACAAGGAGAGGCAAAUGGAGCAAGACUUCCAUGGCCUCUUGGAGCAGUACCUCAGUGUGAAGUCCCUCCCGGAAGCCCUGAGAAUGGAGGAGGAGGAGGGGUUGGUGGUGGCAACAGAAAAGGAGGAGGAAGAGGAACAGAAUCAGGCCUGCAUCUUGGAAGUUGAUGGGUUAUCUCCUGCUCCAGGGAAAGCAGAACCCACCACACUCCCCCUGGUGCAGGCUGAGAGGAGUCACAAGGCCCCUCCUGAGGAGCCCAUGGAACAAAGAGGGACUGAGCAGCCAGCAGACUUCCUUGCAUCCAGCACCAGAGAUGGGCAUUUGCCAGGCCUGGGCAUGGCCAGGAAGGAUCCUCCAGGCCCUGGAAGGCCACCCCUAUCUCGAGGCGCCAAGUCCGCAGGGUCUCACGAGAGCAGUCUGACCAGCUUGGAGGGGAGCGGCGUCUCUGAGCACCUUACACAGAAGUCUCUGUGCCAAAGCAGCGGGCUUCACCUAGAGGAGUCCUGGAUGGUUUCCCCAGAGACAGACAGCGGCUUUGUGGGCUCGGAAACCAGCAGAGUGUCACCCUUCACUCAGACCCCAGAGCACCGGCUCUCCCACAUCAGUGUGCCAGAGACAUCAGCCCAGCUUUUCUCUGCAUCUUUGCCUCGGGAUGGAGCGUCCCACCUCCAGAUCCAGGGUCCUCGGGUCCCCAGAAGAGCCCCUGGACCCAGCCUACCCAGGAACCAACUCCACAGGCACCUCUCGAGUCAGAACAGCGCUCUGAAGCAAAGGGCACCCAGCUACUCCCUGGAGCGGGUGCUGGCUGCCAAGAGGGCAGCUCCUGGUUCAGAGUGCAAAGGGAAAACUCAGCUUUCUGAACAACUUCCCCCCAGCACAACAAUUGCCUCACCCCCCACCCCGGCCCCUGAAGUUCUUCCCCAUGGACGCACGGAGACCAACACUGCCUUCCUCCUCACCAGGAUGGGGCGAGAUCAGGCCAUCCACGAGCUGCAGGAGGAAGUGUCCCGGCUACGCCUGCAGCUGGAGGACAGUGUGCACCGCUCCCCUCAGUGCAGCCCCAUGCACCCCACAUCCACCCACAUCACCAGGGUUCAGGACCAGCCACCAGACUCCUCAGCUGCCUGGGGUGCCCACUAUGGAAGUAAAUCCACAGAGAGAUUGUCUUGUGAACCUGGAGGUACAGAGCAAGCUGUCCCUGCAGUAAGACGGCGAGCCAGGUCCUCCUCGGUACCCCGGGAAGUGCCUCGACUGUCUCUGAGUUCUGAAUCUGAGCCAGCUUCCCCCAGGCUAUUCUCUGAGAAGAGCAAGAGUGCUGAGGACCAUGUGCAGGCAACUCAGGAUGGAGCUAGAGGAGUGGGCAGCACCAGACGGCAGGACAGGGUCACCUUCCGGGGCCAGUAUACAGGCCAGGAGUACCAUGUCCUGACUCCCAGGGAUGUCCCUAGAGGCAGCAGAACAGUCUCCUGCCCCCAUUGCCAACCAGGUCAGACCCAGGAUGCAGGUGGCACUGUCUCCAGGGACCCACUGGGACUAUCUCUCACUGCUCUCCGGAGAUGUCCUGUGUGCAGUCAGGCUGGGUCUUCUGCAGAGGGGCAUGGCCCAGACUCAGUCCCCUCUGGGCCAGAAAAAGCUGCCACUAGGAGAAAUGCACCUUCAACCUCCAGCUCCAAGCAGAGGAGCCAACAGGCAGGAUCACCACAGCGACCACCCCCUGGUCUGUGGUAUCUGGCAGCCACCCCCCCAGCACCUGUCCCACCAGCCUUUGCCUACGUUUCCUCGGUUCCAGUCCUGCCUUAUCCAUCAGCCACUGUGUACUAUGCUCCUCUGGGAACUACCUCAGCCUCUGCAGCCCAACCAGCUGCCAACCAGCCCUCUACAGCCUCCUCCCAGCCAACCCAAGGACACCAGCAUUCCAUCCAGCUCGAUCUGGAAGACCUAGAGGAACUCAACAAGGCCCUGAGCAGAGCCGUCCAGGCUGCUCAGAGCAUCCGCUCCACCACCAAGCAGAUGAGCCGCUCCCUGUCAGCUGACCUGCGCCAGGCCCGCAGCCUCCGAGGCUCCUGCCUCUUCUGACUCCCCUCGAGGUUCAGAGAUGAAUGUUGGUCAGGCUGCCCAUGGUUAUUCCCCAGACCAUGAGUUAGCAGGAGUCACUCCUGAAGGCUCUGGUGGACCCCUAUGAGGAGGUCCUUCUCAGACUCUAUUUUCAAAAUGGAGGGCUAUCUUGGUUUUCAUAGGAAGGAAGCCCAGGUAGCAGGGCCUGAAGAAAACAUUGAGGCCAAGCCAGACAGACUCUGGGAGUCACUUCUUUUGGGCCUCCACUUAGCCACUUCUGGUUAAUAAUCUGUAUUUUAUAUACAAAUGGACUGAUAUAUAUAUUCUUAAACUGAGUUUUCCUGGUCUUGAAUUCUCCUUCAGAGACCAGUUUAAAGGGAAAGGGUCAAGGUCUUAGACUCAACUCUGUCUACCUACCCACAGCCAGCCAUUCUGAGUAGGACUCUCUGGGAAUGACUUGUCUGGGGACCUUUCUCCUGGUGGUCAAUGGAGCAUUCUGAGACCACUGGGAUCUUAGAUAUUGGGACCCCUAGUUUCUCCAUGGUGGGAGAGGCCUUUCCCAUGGAGACCCCUGCAAACCCUCGGUACCUCACCCCAAACCCCCUCAACUCCCUUUGGGGGCUCUGUGGACCAUGGUGAGUGGCUAGCUACCUGCCAGCCCCCCAACCCCUGCUCCUCCUCCCUGUAGCAGCUCGGACCUCAGCAUUUCUGGAUUGUGUGUGCAUCCGUGAUAUUUGUAUAUUUGAAGCAUUUAAGAGUCUAUUUUCGUUAUGAGAACAAAUGAAGAAUGAAUAUUGAUCUUAAAUAAAAAUAAGAAAGCCCCACUAAACUUUCUCAAAGCUG